AUGAGUGACCUCGUCCGGAAAGACGGCGGCUUGCAGUCCACCAUCCGCAUCACCGACCAGUCCUACGACACCAUCCCAGACUGCUGGCACCGCACUUCUCACACCCGCCGCCUCAUUUUGCCAGAGUUCCUCUUUAAGUUUGAAGGCAUUGACUCUGUGUCUCUUGGGCUGCGGGACCUGGGGAGUCGCUUGGAGGAGCUGAGCAUCCGCGUCAUCACCCACAACCUUUUCCGUUCCUUGUCAUGGCUGCACAUGAAGCAUCUCAAAGCCGACAUGUUCCACAUCCUCCCUGCCACGGAGCGCACCAGCCCUCUGCUCCUGGUGUUUGCCUUGUCUCUGCAGAGACAAAACAUGCCCUCCCUUCAAGAUACCGAGACACUCACCUGGCUUCUGUGGCGGCCUUCCAAGGAACGGGCUCGAAAGAAAAGUGACGUGGCAGGUCGAUAUGGGCUGGAGGCCAGGGACGAAGUCAUUAAGGCGCUCGAGGAUCUUGUGGCCGGGAACGGCGAGAACAUGGACUACCGACAGGAUGAUAUCGAACUUGACGCCGAAGAGGUUGCAGUAGUGGCCCUGGUGGACCGAGUUCAACCGCCCGAGAGGCUUGUCAGCACUGCCGGAGCCGUCGGCCACUUCAGUGGGCGCAGGAGCCGUAGUGAUAUGGUUUCCAUGAGGGGACAGGACAGCUGUGUCGCUGGGGGCCUCAGACUUGCGGCCAAGGGUGUUGAUGCAGACUUCGAUGGCAGGUUGCCGCACCCGUAG